AUGCCCUUUCCUGUGUACGUGAGGAAUAUUGUGAAGAACAGCUCCCGAGCUGAGAAACUCUGCUGCCUCGUUGCCCUCCCCGUACUGAUCACAUGUGUCACUCUGAUUGUUUUAUUUGCGGUACAAGCCAAUAAUAACCCGGAGGCUCUACAUAGUGUAACCGUUGGUUUAAAGGAGCCGUGGUACCUGCGGCGCGGCGACUGGCAUGCGAUGUCUCCACAUAGAAUAGAAUUUCUCGAGCUGCCGGUAUCUUAUGUUAUCAUCGGCCACGCUGCAUCUCAUUACUGCAACCAACUGUACCCUUGCAUAGAGCAAAUGCUUCUUAUACAGGAAGCAUUUAUGCGAAGAGGAAUGAAUGACAUCGGUCCUAAUUUUCUAGUAGGCGGAAAUGGAUACGUUUUUGAGGGUAGAGGUGCAAAUGUCCUUGGUGCUAUGGUAACUUCUUGGAACAAAAAGAGCAUCACAAUAAUGUUUAUGGGAAAUUACGUUGUAGAUAUGCCAGAUCAGGCACAGUUCGAUCACAUAAACGUCCUCUUAGAUGUCUUAGUAAAAGAACGUGUGUUGCGAUCAAAUUACACUCUUUAUGCCCAGUGUCAAGUAAAACCGCACACAUAUGCCCCCGGUCGACAUAUAACGGAGAGAAUGAAAAACUUUCCCCAUUGGAACCCUGUUAACAUAAGUGGAUGUUUAAUUUGA